CCCUGGCGGAGCAACGGGGAGGUUGGACGGGGAACAAUAGAGAGGAGCGCCGCCAGCCUUCAGGCACCAAACAAACGCAGAAGGCGACAGAAAGCGAGCCCGGAAGCGGGAUGGAGGCUACCUAAAGUGGACCCUGGGCACGUAACGCCUAACACCGUGUGGAUUUUUUUUUGUACCUUUAGGGCCCCUCUUUUGUUUUGACUCAUUUGUCGGUUGGAUUGUGCUAAACCGGAAUCCGGCAUGAACCCCGCAGAAGCGGCCGAGGAGGCGCCCAGCGACCCCGACACUGAUGCAUUCUUCAAAACAGGGUCUCUGAGGACUGAAGGCAUCAAGGCAUCUGAUGUUCUGCCUGUUUUGAAGGAGAAAGUGGCCUUUGUAUCCGGUGGGCGGGACAAACGAGGAGGACCCAUCUUGACGUUCCCUGCACGAAGCAACCAUGACCGAAUAAAACAGGAGGACCUGAGAAGACUGGUCACAUACCUGUCUACUGUUCCCAGUGAAGAUGUGUGCAAGCGAGGCUUCACUGUCAUCAUCGACAUGCGGGGCUCCAAGUGGGAGCUGAUCAAGCCUCUGCUAAAGACACUGCAGGAGUUUUUCCCGGUUGAGAUCUGCGUUGCACUCAUCAUCAAACCUGACAACUUCUGGCAGAAGCAGAAGACCAACUUUGGCAGCGCAAAGUUUUCCUUUGAAACCACCAUGGUGUCAGUGGAAGGUCUCGCCAAGUUGGUUGAUCCUUCGCAGCUCACAGACGACUUUGAAGGUUCUUUGGACUACAACCACGAGGAGUGGAUGGACCUUAGAGUCUCUCUGGAGGAGUUCAUGGCCAAUGCCGUUCAUCUGCUGUCCCGGCUGGAAGACCUGCAGGAUGUUUUGUCCAAGAAAGAAUUUCCUUCUGACGUUGAAGGAUCUCGUCGGCUAAUAGAAGAACACACACAGCUGAAGAAGAAGGUGCUAAAAGCUCCAGUGGAAGAGUUGGACCGUGAAGGCCAGCGCCUGCUGCAAUGUAUCCGGUGUAGUGAUGGUUAUUCGGGGAGGACCUGCAUCUCUGGUUCUGCCGAUUUCCAGAGCCUUGUGCCCAAGGUGGCCAGUCUACUGGACAAGCUCCACUCCACCAGACAGCAUCUCCACCAGAUGUGGCAUGUUCGGAAACUGAAGUUGGACCAGUGCUUCCAGCUACGGCUAUUUGAGCAGGACGCAGAGAAGAUGUUUGACUGGAUCAGCCACAACAAGGAGCUGUUCCUACAGAGCCAUACCGAAAUAGGACGAACGUACCAACAUGCCGCUGAGCUGCAGACGCAACACAACCACUUUGCCAUGAACUCUAUGAACGCCUAUGUCAACAUCAACCGUAUCAUGUCGGUAGCGAGUCGCCUGUCAGAGGUGGGACAUUAUGCCUCCACACAGAUUAAACAGAUUUCAAGUCAGCUGGACCUCGACUGGAAAAGUUUUGCAGCUGCUCUUGACGAACGAUCCACCAUCCUCGCCAUGUCCGCUGUUUUCCACCAGAAAGCGGAACAGUUCUUGUCAGAGGUGGAGGCGUGGUGCAAAGUCUGCAGUGAAGGGGGUCUCCCAACUGAGAUGCAGGAGUUGGAGCUGGCCAUCCACCGUCAUCAGAGCCUUUACGAGCAGGUCACACAGGCCUACACCGAGGUGAGCCAGGAUGGGAAAGCUCUUCUGGAUGUUCUGCAAAGACCGCUUAGUCCUGGCAACUCAGAGUCUCUGACUGCCACUGCAAACUACUCCAAAGCGGUCCAUUGUAUACUGGAUGUGGUCCAUGAAGUGCUCCACCAUCAGCGCCGUCUGGAGAAUAUUUGGCAGCACCGAAAAGUCCGACUGCACCAGAGACUGCAGCUGUGUGUAUUCCAGCAGGAUGUUCAGCAGGUUAUGGACUGGAUUGAAAACCAUGGUGAGGCUUUCCUCAGCAAACACACUGGAGUGGGGAAAUCCCUUCAUCGAGCUCGAGCGCUGCAGAAACGACAUGACGACUUUGAAGACGUUGCUCAGAACACAUAUACUAAUGCAGACAAGCUACUGGAGGCGGCCGAGCAACUGGCACAGACGGGCGAGUGUGACCCAGAGGAGAUAUACAAGGCGGCGCGUCACCUGGAGGUUCGAAUACAAGACUUUGUACGACGUGUUGAGCACAGGAAGCUGCUACUUGACAUGUCUGUGUCAUUCCACACGCACACCAAAGAGCUUUGGUCAUGGAUGGAGGAGCUCCAAAAGCAGCUGCUGGAUGAUGUGAGCUGCGACUCUGUAGAUUCAGUGCAGACACUCAUUCAGCAGUUCCAGCAGCAGCAGACAGCCACACUGGAAGCCACGCUCAAUGUCAUCAAGGAGGGGGAAGAACUUAUGCAGCAGCUCAGAGAUGCAGCCAUGUCCACCAAUAAGACGCCGCAUUGCAGUUCCAUCGCUCACAUCCAGGGAGUGCUGCAGCAAUUGGAUGAGGCUCAAGGCCAGAUGGAGGAGCUGUUUCACGAGCGCAAAAUAAAACUCGACAUCUUCCUGCAGCUACGCGUCUUUGAGCAGUACACCAUAGAGGUAACGGCUGAGUUAGACGCAUGGAAUGAGGACCUUGCUCGUCAGCUGAAUGAUGCGGGACGCUCGAGCAGCAGCAGCAGUAGCGGCGGUAGCAGUGGGAGCAGCAGCACUUCCUCCGGCGGAGCAGAGGACAUUGGCUUGGCCGAGCAGAGGCUGAAGAGGCACGCCGAGAGGAAAGCGGCGAUGAACAACAUGACCUAUGAAGUGAUGCAGCAGGGACAAGACCUGCACCAGUACAUCAUGGAGGUGCAGGCCUCAGGCAUUGAGUUGACGGGGGAGAAGGACAUGGAUUUGGCCUCUCAGGUUCAGGAGCUCCUGGAGUUGCUACAUGAGAAGCAGCAGGAAGUGGAGCUCAGUGCUCAGCACACGCAUUCAAGACUGGAGCAAAGCCUGCAACUGCGUCACUUGCAGGCCGAGGUCAAACAGGUGCUCGGAUGGAUCCGUAAUGGUGAGUCCAUGUUGAACGCCAGCAUGGUGAAUGCCAGCUCGUUGUCUGAGGCAGAGCAGCUGCAGAGGGAGCACGAACAGUUCCAGAUGGCGAUAGAGUCCCUGUUCCAUGCUAACUCCCUCCAAAAGACCCAUCAGAGUGCUUUGCAAGUCCAGCAGAAAGCAGAGAUGAUGCUUCAGGCUGGUCACUAUGACCCAGAAGCCAUCCGCAGCUGUGCUGAGAAGGUAGCCGUCCACUGGCAGCAGUUGAUGCUUAAGAUGGAAGACCGCCUGAAGCUCGUCAAUGCCUCGGUGGCCUUCUACAAGACUUCCGAACAGGUUUGCAGCGUGUUGGAAAGCCUGGAGCAGGAAUACCGACGGGAUGAGGACUGGUGUGGAAUUCAUGAUAAAGUGGCAACCCUGGCUGACUGCGACCACCUUGUGCCUCUGAUCAGCAAACAUCUUGAACAGAAAGAAGCCUUUCUCAAGGCAUGUACGCUGGCUAGGAGGAAUGCUGAGGUCUUCCUCAAGUACAUCCACAGGAACAACGUUAGCAUCCCGGGAGCCGCUAGUCAUGGCAGAGGGCCCGAACAGCAGGUCAAAGCUAUUCUGAAUGAGCUGCUGCAGAGAGAAAACAGAGUCUUGCACUUCUGGACUCUGAAAAAGAGAAGGCUGGACCAAUGUCAACAGUACCUUGUCUUUGAACGCAGCGCCAAGCAGGCCCUUGAAUGGAUUCAGGAGACGGGUGACGUUUACCUGGCUACACACGCAUCAUCAAGUGACAGCAGCAAGGAGGCACAACAGCUCCUUAGUGACCAUCAUCACUUUAAAUUGACUGCCAAGCAAACAAAGGAGAAAGUGAAGCUCCUCAUCCAGCUCGCCGACAACCUGGUGGAGAAAGGGCAUGUCCACGUUAAUGAACUUAAGCGCUGGGUGAGCACGGUUGAUCGUCGAUACCGCGACUUCUCCCUGCGUAUGGCAAAGUACCAGGAGAACCUUGAGAGGACUCUUGGUGUUUCGUCUGAGGACAAUAAGGACUUAGAGUUGGAUAUUAUUCCAGCCAGCUUGUCGGACGAUCCUGAGAUCAAACUACGGGAGCCAACUGAUGAGGUCAAUGAGGAGAAAAGGAAAUCAGCGAGGAAGAAAGAGUUCAUCAUGGCUGAGCUUCUGCAGACUGAGAAGACCUAUGUCAGAGAUCUCCAAGAAUGUCUGGAGACCUACUUGUGUGAGAUGACCAAGGGUGGGGAUGAAAUCCCACCUGCGAUAGCCAAUAAGGAGCUCGUCAUCUUUGGCAACAUGCAGGAGAUCUACGACUUCCACAACAAUAUUUUCCUGAAGGAGCUUGUCAACUAUGAGCAGCUGCCAGAGGAUGUGGGUCACUGCUUUGUCACCUGGGCUGAUAAAUUCCACAUCUACGUGGAUUACUGCAAGAACAAGCCCGACUCCAGCCAACUCAUCCUUGAGCAUGCUGGCACCUUUUUUGAUGAUAUCCAGCAGCGACGUGGCCUGGCUAACUCCAUCUCAUCUUACCUCAUCAAACCGGUGCAGAGAAUCACCAAGUACCAGCUGCUCCUCAAGGAGUUGCUGUCAUGCUGCGAAGAGGGCAAAGGAGAGAUCAAAGAUGGUCUAGAGGUCAUGCUCAGUGUUCCCAAGAGAGCCAAUGAUGCCAUGCACCUCGCCAUGUUGGAAGGUUUCGAGGAAAAUUUGGAGGUGCAGGGUGAGUUGAUGCUGCAAGACAGUUUCCAGGUUUGGGAUCCGCGUUCGCUAAUCCGAAAAGGGCGGGACCGGCACCUCUUCUUGUUUGAGUUCUCGCUGGUCUUCAGCAAGGAGUUCAAAGACUCGGCAGGCAGAACUAAGUACCAGUAUAAACAAAGACUACUGACAUCAGAGUUGGGGGUGACAGAGCACAUAGAAGGCGACCCAUGUAAAUUUGCACUCUGGGCUGGACGAACCCCAUCCUCCGACAAUAAAACUGUGUUAAAGGCGUCCAGUGUCGAAGCCAAACAGGAAUGGAUAAAGAACAUCCGGGAGGUGAUCCAGGAGAGAAUGACUCACCUGAAAGGGGCUUUGAAAGAGCCAGUUCAGCUACCUAAAACAGCAACACUGACCAAACCUCGCAAUAACGCCAAAAGGGAUGGAGGCGAGGAUGGAGACAGUCAGGGAGACGGCAGCAGCCAACCAGACACCAUUUCCAUUGCAUCCAGAACCUCGCAGAACACAGUGGACAGUGACAAGCUCUCUGGGGGUUGUGAGUUGACGGUGGUGCUGCAGGACUUCACAGCAGGAUGUAGCAGUGAGAUCUCUGUCAGCACCGGCCAGACAGUGGAGCUGCUGGAGAGGCCCAGUGAGCGACCCGGGUGGUGUCUGGUCCGGACCACCGAACGCAGCCCGCCUCAAGAGGGUCUGGUCCCCAGUUCUGCCCUAUGUGUGUCCCACUCGCGCUCCAGUGUGGAGAUGGACUGCUUCUUCAACUCAGGGAAAGAAAACUAUUCUGUCAGCGGCUCCGAUGGAAAGACUGAGUCAGUGACGAACCUCCAGCCGCAGCAGUCACUCAGCUCACUGCAGUCCAACUCACCAGGACCCAAGCGCUCCGGAAACACACUCCGGAAAUGGCUGACCAAUCCCGUUCGUCGCCUAAGUCAUGGCAGCUCAGUUAAGAAACACCCCAACAACAAACAGAAAAAGACCGGUUCUGGGGAGGGGAGAGAUGAGAGCAAGAAAGGGCAGCCUGACCUUAACCCACAAGAUGACAUCAUUAAUCAGCAUAUCAUCAGCAAAGAGGGUAACCUCCUCUCCAAGACGUCAUCUGGCACGCAGAGUGGCGGCGAAGAGGAGCAGGAUGAGGAGGCGCAUACACCAUUGCCUCCACCCAUGGAGAUCAUCAAGGAUCCGUCGGCGCAGGACGAAAAGACGUUAGAACCGAGAGCACACCCAGUCUUUUCCCCACUCUCUCCACCGGAACAAAGCACUCCAGUUCAGCCCCGGAACCCUGAGCUGGAACAGAGAGCCAAAGCCAUGAGGGGCCGCAUGUUUGUUCUUAAUGAGCUGAUACAGACAGAGAAGGACUAUGUCAAAGACUUGGGCAUCGUAGUUGAGCGCUUUAUGAAGAGGAUAGAGGAAAAAGGAAUUCCCGACGAUAUGAAAGGAAAAGAGAAGAUCGUCUUUGGGAACAUCCAUCAGAUCUAUGAUUGGCACAGAGACUUCUUUGUUGGAGAGUUGGAAAAAUGUCUAGACGACCACGAGCACCUGGCCGAGCUCUUCAUCAAACAUGAAAGAAGAUUGCACAUGUAUGUGGUGUACUGUCAGAACAAACCCAAGUCUGAGUUCAUCGUAGCAGAAUAUGACAGUUAUUUUGACGGAGUCCAGCAGGACCUUGAGUCCCGAUUGAGCAUAAGCGACUACCUUAUCAAACCAAUCCAAAGAAUCACAAAAUACCAGCUACUAUUGAAGGAUUUCCUUAAGUAUAGCUCCAAAGCGGGAAUGGACUGUGAACAAAUAGAGAAAGCAGUAGAUUUGAUGUCUCAGGUUCCCAAACUGUGUAACGACAUGAUGAACUUAGGACGGUUACAAGGAUAUGAGGGCAAGCUAACCAGUCAAGGCAAGCUGCUACAGCAGGAGACGUUCUACGUGACUGAGCAGGACGGUGGCGUCUUGUCACGCUCAAAAGAGCGCCGGGUUUUCCUUUUCGAGCAGAUCGUGAUUUUCAGUGAACUGCUAAGGAAAGGCUCAACCACGCCUGGAUACCAGUUCAAAAAGAGCAUAAAGGUGUCCAACUUGGGUCUAGAAGAGAGCGUGGACAACGAUCAGUGUAAGUUCGUCUUGUCAUGUCGUGGCUCGUCGGAGCAUUUUACCCUGCAGGCGGCCAACGUUGACAUCAAGCAGGUCUGGAUCGGACACAUCCAGGCACUUCUGGAUGCUCAAAGCAACUUCCUAUCUGCACUCGUGUCUCCUAUUGAGUACCAGCUAAAGAGCGGCUACAGCUUGUCGCUGACCAGAAACCGCUCAACAGCCAGCAAUCGUUCGACCACGCCCUCUCACAGCCGGCCCUCGUCAGCGGUCAACCCCGGCGAAAAGGAUAGUGAGAGAGGCCAAAGCCACUUGAACAUGUCCACCUCCAACGGUGGCACGUCAUGCUUUGACUCCAAGGAGAACGGCGGCGGCGGGUCCUGCAAUGGCGCCUCGUCCACCAUGCGUGUCAUUCAAGACUACUCUGCCCUCAAGGAGAAUGAAAUUUGCGUGAGCCAAGGUGAAACGGUGCAGGUCCUGGCGACCAAUCAGCAGAACAUGUACCUCGUUUACCGGGCCGCCAACAGCCAGUCACCCGCUGCCGAGGGCUGGGUGCCGGGACACGUCCUGGGCCCUUCCCACAAGCUAUUAAAAGACUCCUCUUCUGCCACGUCCUUCUCUGCGGCGGUGGCCGACGCCAGCAACAUCAAGUAAGUCUCUCCCACCUGCCCCCCACCACCACAGCACUUGUUUACCCUCAGCACUUGGAUGGGAUUGGAUGCCCGCCCCCCGUUUCACAAACCUCCAUAUCGGCGUUACGUUGCUCAAAGUAACGCUGUUUGAGUCAUGACUGCCAACAAAUUCUAGAGCUAAACUGGAUAGAAUCUUGUAGCUGAUGUGGAAUGUGGAGCAUAAAACCGGACUUAUUUCAGUUCCUAACACUUUGCUUUGUCUUCUUUUUUGUUAUGGUUGUAUUUUUUUCUCCCUUCAACCCUUCUUUUUUUUUUGCAAAAAAAGGACUGGGUUCUCCGCUGUGGAGAUUUAUGUUGUUGUCUAUGGCAAUCUUUAAACGUUUUUGUGUUGAUCCUUAUUGUUACCUUGUUAUGAUUAUUAUUUUAUUUGAUGGACAGAGUUUGAUUCUACAUGUUGAUUUUUGUUGUUGUUGUUGUUGUUUAUUAUGCCGGUAGUUCACUGUACAAACAUGUCUCGACUGAGGCUCUAGAGCAUUCCUGUUUAUAUAAAACAACAAAGACCAGAAAAUCCUUUUGCACUAUUUAAGAAAAAUAUGAAGUCAAAGCUGUGCAAUAUGUUUUUCGACAAAAUGGCCACAGUGAGCGGUUUACUGUUGCCAGUCUCUAAGAAGAAUGAUUUUAAGUGUAUUUUAAAUAUGUAAUAUAAAUCAUUUUUGGGGGGGUGAGCAUGUGCUAGCGACAUAAGUGAAAGUGACAAAAGUUUGUUUUCCUCUACGUCCCAAAAGCGGAGACGAUGGACAGUUUGUAGUUUUUAACAAUUUGUAAAUAAACCGCAAGAGCGAACAUGCAGCAAACAUGUCUGCUACUUUUUUUUAUUUUUUUAUUUUAAUAGAAGUCAUGUUACGCCAUCAGCCAUUAAGGAAUUCAGGUAGUCCCCGGGUUAUGACGUACUCGACUUACGCAAUUUUGACUUUACAACGCCGGAGUCUUGUCCACCAUUUUGUCCCCAGUCUUUUAGUCGCAUAAACAGUACUGUACCUAAGUAUAACUCACAAUAUCUUAUUUUUAAUUUUACCUUAUUAACAUGACUUGUUCUGUCCUCACUAAAUCUGAAGUUGUUCAGCUUGACAGACACCAAACAUAGCAAUUGUGCUUUUUGAAGAUUUUGACUUCCGUCACUUUUGACAAUUCGCAAAGCUGUAACACACACAUACCUGUACCGUAUUUUUCAGACAAUAGGCCGCUACUUUUUUCCCGCCAUUUUUCCCCUGCGGCUUUUAGAAGGAAGUGUUUUUUUGUUGUUGUUGUUUUUUAAUGGAUUUUUUUUAUUGGGGGGGACGACGACCGAUCUUCAUAUUUUUUUGUUGAGAAUUUUUUUUUAAAUUGAUUAAUUAGACAUAUUUUUUAAAAAUGGCUUUCCAAAUUUUAGCAUGACAUAGGUCUCAGCCGCUACACUAGAAUCGAUAAAGCUUGCCAGGAGCUCGUCAGACUUAGUCAAAAACUCAGGAUUUUACAAAUGAGUGUGGCUCCAUCUGAUACUAUAUGCUGCUAAAAAAAAGCAAUUUUUAAAAUGAAUACGGAUUCUUUUGCUACAACAAGAGAACGUGAUGCUCGCAUUGAUUAGCCGUUUUCAACUGGCACUCGGAGGACUUUAUUGCCACAGUAUGCUACAACAAAGCUGCUAUAUAAGAAUUAGCACCAGAUCAGGGGUCGGGAACCUUUUUGGCUGCGAGAACACUACGUUUUUUUUUUUCUCAAAUUCCAUGAGAGAGUCUCUGAAACCUUUUUAAUAACAUUGUUUUGCUGUUGCUAAUCAAUGAAAAGUAUUUCUUACCAUUAAUUCGACUUCUGGUCCUGCAUGGUUUUGCUGAUGAUUUUUCUUCAUGCAGGCGUUGAGAAACUUAGGAGCGUCUCUUUUCAUGUUCACGAAGCGCCACAAAUCCUGUUUUUCCUCACCACGCAAGGAGCACAAUCAGUGCACACCUAAACAAGUUUAUCCAUCGGUAGAUUUUUUUUUCUUUAGCGAACUCAGUGAAGGACUUGAAUAAAUCCUCCCCUCUUGUUGUCCCUUUCAUAGUCAAAACCUUGCAAUCACGCUGAAUUGGGAUAAAUUGCUUACGUCUGUUGACUCCUCCAAAGCGAGAAAAAAAAGGUGCCGUAUUCAUGUCCUUCACUUGCCUUGCCUCAAUUUGAUUUGACAUUGUGACGCUCUUUAUCCGAAAAGUCGUCAAAAACUCUCCACAAAGGCAAAUUCCUCUGUCAGUUCCUGCUGAAACAUGUGAUACUCCUAGUCUUUUUUUCUUUUUCCCAUCUUCUCAAAAGGGUUUCUAAAAUUAGCUGGCAAACAUGGAAAACAAAUCUAAAAAUGAUGGUAGUUUACUUCAAGCACAUGCGCAAAUCGACUGGUCUUUUCGACAGCAAAAUACGGCAACCCCACUUGAACAGUGUCUCUGCCUCAUCUGUGUUGCCAAUGCCGAUUGAUAGAUAAACAAAAAUAUAGUGUAUAGACACAACGACAUGUAUGUUUGCCACUUUCCCACUAAAAUUACUGCGAACCGGCUUUCUAAUCGCGGUUGUAGUUUACGGACUACGUGUCCGAUGAUCACCCUGCACUCGCGCAGCCAAUGGCGUGGGACUUUGGGGGAUCUAACGUAGCACAUCUAGGUUGCUAUUUGAUGAUAUCUAGUGCGAAUUGCGCAAGUGUUGUCGGAGCAUUAAAAAAGUUAACAUUCGCUGCAAAAGUCACGUCUGCUUAUUACUGCACAACACCAACAUAUGACCAGUGACUAUCGCCGUUUCGCGCAAUGCGCAAAGGAGUAUAACGAGAAUUUUUUUUUUUUUUUUUUUUUAAGUGGAUUAUAUAUCUUUGUAAAUGUAGUAACCUGUUUUUUUUUUUUUAAGUUUGUUUUUAAACAUUCAGACAACACGAGUUGGUGAACUGGAUGCUUGAUUAUCUGGUUAAUAAAAUUUUUUUUUUGAUCAAUCAAAUAUUUCUGUGUAACAUCUACGUAAGUAUCCAAUGUUAAGAUAUGGACACCUGCGGCUUAUAGUCAAGUACGGCAUAUAUGUGGAUUUAUUUCUAAAAUUUUGUGAAAUUUGUUCGGUGCGGCUUUAUCGUCCAGAAAUUACGGUAUGUACACGUCUGUUCAAAACGGCACGCAUUUUAACAAUGAAACACUCAACACAAAACGAUUGGUGUUCAAACGUCCAUCUAAUCUGAUCAAUAUGUAAAUUUAGUAGAUUAGUCUAAUUUGCCGAACAAAAGUCCGCUAUCUUAAAUGCUACGAAUGCUAAUAUAUUUGCAGUUCUCAUAGCAAAUCCCUCACACGUAACUCCACAAACUGUAGCUCUAAACUUAAUUAUAAAUCAAUACACAAACAUAUAUUAGCUGAAACAACUUACUGUCUUAUAUGGGCCAAACCGGAGAGCAGCUGUCCUUUAUCCAUGUGAGAUGUCUGAGUGCUCCUGUAUGGAAGCAUUAUUGAGCAACUGUCCAGCCAGACCCAACGCUACCACCAGAGGGCAGUGUGACAAUACUUUUGGACAUUUUGAAUAGUUAUUUUGAAGUUUUAAAGGGUUAAUACCAACUUACACGGAAAUUCGGGCUACGUCGCCAGCGUAGGAACGGAACUCGUUUGUAACUCGGGGACUACUUGUAUGUGUCUAGGAAUAAAAUUGUGUUCCACAUAUCGGAGACCACCUAAAAACUGGUAUUCGAAUGUGCACACAUUAUUGUAUUCUGGAGUGCACUUGAGUACAAUUUUUUUUACAGAUGUUUUAAUUCUCUUAAAUGAACUGAAGAUGACGACACAAUUCAUAACGAAUAAAAUAAGAGUUGGAAAUAAACAUGGAAGAAAGUUUAAAAAUUAAAUGAGAACAAAAAGACAGGAAGGAAUCAUGAUAGAAAGUCCUAUUGGAAAUCUGCCGAGGCAGAGUUUAUCCCAGCCCUCGGGGUUGAACCAUCAAAUUAUACGCGGUGGAAAAAAACAAAGGGUAAACAAUACAUUCCUAUGCUCCCUUAUUGAAUCUUUGAGGAGGAGAGUUGGAUCGAUUAUAGAAAUGAGAACAGGCACUGUGUGAACAAGCCUGAAGACAGUAACCACAGCAAUGAAGGAAUACAUGUAAUUAUACAUGAGUAUAUGAAAAUAUAUUCCUCUUCAGUUACAAUAACAAUGCACAUUUAAAUAGUAUAGUUUGUUGGUGGUCCUCCAAUAUGUGGAACGAUAAACGACCACAGCUGAUGGCAUAUGUAUUUGUGUUGAGUAAAUAUUAUGUCUACAUAUCCAGAAAAUAACGUUAUCACACUUUUAAUUUCUUUUCAAGCAUUUUAAGUUUUACUAACAACGGUUUGCAACUCCACAAAUGGUUUGGAACACAGAAUUUAAAAAAAACGGGGAAAAACAGAAAUGGACAUACAUUUGUGUUGAUUGAAAAAGAAGAGCUGUGGAAUAACAUUAGUAACAUUUUAUCAUAUCGUUAUUCUAUAUUGUAUGGAAUUUAUUAGAAAUGGUCAUGAGUAAAAGGUCCAUCGACAGUUGAUGUGUAGUUUAAAAAUUAUUGUUCAAGGUUUUUAAGGAAGAUUAACAUUGUGACAUGUAAUGUACAGCAUACGUGUUUUUUUCUGAAGAACAAAAAAAGGGGACUUGAUUGUCAUUGUCCAGCAAGAAAACUUCGACUUUGUGUCCAACAUUGAUAAUAUCUGAAUGAGCCAUGUCAUGUUUGUAGGACAAAGUAAAUACCUAUGACCAGGGCAGGAGUGGGACUCAUUUUCGGCCCUGGAAUUUCAUGCCUCAGACCGGCCCACUCAUUUAAAAUUAUGUCAUUAUGCAUACACGUGUUAAGUUCAGUGUUCUCUAAAGUCGUGUACUGUAAUUCUGUGUAUUCCAAUUCAGUGCAGGUAAUGGUUGUUUAACAAGGUGGCUUUAUUUUAACAAGUGCAACACAACAUAUUUUGAACAAAUUUAAAAAUGGAUUUUAAAAAAAAAAACUAUAUUAAAUGACACAUUUGAAAAAUAAAUUAGGGCUGUCAAACGAUUAAAAUUUUUGAUCGAGUUAAUUACAGCUUAAAAAUUAAUCGUAAUCAAUCGCAAUUCAAACCAUCUAUAAAAUAUGCCAUAUUUUUCUGUAAAUUAUUGUUGGAAUGGAAAGAUAAGACACAAGAUGGAUAUAUACAUUCAACAUACGGUACAUAAGGACUGUAUUUGUUUAUUAUAACAAUAAAUCAACAAGAUGGCAUUAACAUUAUUAACAUUCUGUUAAAGCGAUCCAUGGAUAGAAAGAUUUGUAGUUCUUAAAAGAUAAAUGUUAGUACAAGUUAUAGAAAUUUUAUAUUAAAACCCCUCUUAAUGUUUUCGUUUUAAUAAAAUUUGUAAAAUUUUCAAUCAAAAAAUAAACUAGUAGCCCGCCAUUGUUGAUGUCAAUAAUUACUUACACAAUGCUCAUGGGUGCUGAAGCGUAUAAAAUCAGUCGCACCCAAGCGCCAGCGGAGGGCGGCAAAACUCCAUAAAACACAAUUAACAAGUGGGCAUGUCAUUGUCCUGUCAUUUAAAUCUGUCUGAGCAGGGCAUGUGCAUUAAUUGCGUCAAAUAUUUUAACGUGAUUCAUUAAAAAAAUUAAUUACCGCCCGUUAACGCGAUAAUUUUGACAGCCCUAAAAUAAAUGAAUAAAUAAGACCUUUUCUGCAACAUCAAAUAUUAACAAAACGAGUGCUUACAGAUAAAACAAACAUAGCAACAUAACAAUAUGAAAAAUAAAGAAUACGUAUUGCACAUUGUAACAACUUCUAAUGAUACUAUUAUCCAUUUUCCAUUUCCCCUUUAAAAACGCCACGUAAUUGAUUAUAUUAAUUCUUAUGUUCACUCGCUGAACGACAUGGCAAUCCUACCUUCCAGCUCUGCACCUGUGGUGUGUUCAUUAUGGCUAAUGCUUGCUGCUACAUAUCCCUUGUGAGGUGCUACAAGAAGCCAAAGUUUCCACAAUUACAUAUUGUCGUAUCACACGGUGCAAGUUGCAUUUUAUUCGCCAUCUGGCCUUACCACGUUCGUUGUAAUCCUCUGUAGUUUGAGGCAGCAAGGUCAUUGCAUGAAAAAAAUUAGCUAUUUUCGCGCAUUUUGCCGAUUCUUUCACGAGUGCUUUCCUCUUUUUAAUUCUUAUUUUUCAGCGCCACCCUUGCUCUUUUUAUCCAUCCGAGCACCGAGAUAGCAGCUAAUUUGGCUCAAUACAGACUAGUGUUGUAUCGGUCGCGAACGAUUCGUUCUUUUUGAACGAAUUGUUUGGGUGAACGAGACCGAACUAAUCACCAUCUGCACUGAUUCGUUCUAUGAAGUUGGUGACGCUUGUUCGCUGCGUGGGAGGGCGUUGAGCAAGCGGCAGCGUCUUCUGACAUCGCACACGACCAAUCAGACGCCAGCCUCAUCGCGGGCAGGGGAGGGAGCGGAAACAGAAUCAUGGCGUAUGUCACUCAUUUCCACGUGUGGCCAAUAAGCAGCCAGCGUGCAGGCAGGGGGGGAAAGACUGAGUUUUGUCACUUCCCGUUCAGUGAUUCGGUCCUCCGGUUCCUGACCUAGCUUGCUGCUAACUUGACUUUCCAGUAAUGACUAUGCGGUGAACGAGUCAUAAAAUGAAAGGAAACGACUUUGUCACAUAUUUGUUAACGUGGAGCCUAUCAAAUGCUGCUCAAAAAGACAAAAACACCACACAAAUCUAGCGAGCAUGGUUUAGUGUUCUACUUUUCUCAACAGACUCGGGACUGUGCCUAUGACGAUAUACUAUCAAAUUUACAGUAAUUUAAAACACACGUAGCUACGAGGCAAGCAAAACCUGAGCUGCGGUCGCGUGACGGCAGUGAAGCGGGCAGAGAACUGUCACUAUAUGGAGGCUUCAUGGCAGCGAUAUGUACCUCAUAUGUGCACAGAAAAAAAAUAAUAUUUAGUAUGAUCACCAUAAUACUGAUUUGCAAUGAAACUGUAUAUACAUGUCAAUUUUUUCCGAGUGUUUUUUUUUUUUUUUCGUGUCAGAGGGUGUCGGUUGGUUUGACAAAUUAGGUCAAUCCGUCCAUCAUGUGCUACUCAAGCGCCCCAAAAACAAAGCGCGCGGACACGGGAGAUGUCGCAAUAUGUCUACAUUUUUCUUAACAGACUAAUAAGAGUAGAAAGGCGAAAUCAUAAAGCAAACAAUUAUUUCUCGUCAGCAUUUGACGAUCUGAGAUGCGGGGACGACAGGGGAGCUGACCGGAUUAUUUUAUUUAUUAAUACCAGUGCAAAAAUUCAAAACGAUCAUCUUAAUAAUAAAAAACAAAAAUACAACAGAGCGAGAGGUUAAUAUGAUGUGUUGGCCGUUCCAUAAUUAGAAAUUAAACUUUCGAUUUAUUUUUAUUUUCGUGACAGCAAGCAUGCCGCGUUGGCUGUUAGCAGCAGCAUUGUAUAUGUGAGCAAGAUCAUGCUAAAGAAAGUCCGUGCGCCCCCGACCCCAAACCCCGACUUCCCCCUCAAAAGGAAAAUGUUUAACCGUGUCCUAAUUCGAAAUGCAAGCACGAGCCAUGACUUUGAGCCCAUAGAACUAGGACAGACGACGCGGAAGUCCUCCCUCGCUUUUGCAGCAGCGGGAGGGAGACGAGGCUGUCUCUGAGAGCAGAAUGAUAUCGCCUGUCACUCAUUUCUGAAACUACGACGAGUGGUCAAUGUGCAAGAGAGGGAGGGACCAAGCAAUGUCACUUCCCGUUCAGUUAUACUGCGAAGCGGUCUUUGGUGAUUCGUUCGGCAACGUCACUUCCCGUUCACUAACCGAACGAUUCAUUUGGGUGGGGAGGGAGAUGAGGGGGGCGAACGAUUCGUUGAACGAUUCGUUUGAACGAAUCGUUUUACUGAACGAACCGGAAUGGAUUCGUUUACUCAAGUGAACGACAGAUCCCGUCACUAAUACAGACUACAAUUAGGGGGCGGAGCUGCAUGUUGUAUUUUUCGUCUGCACACGUGAGGAUGAGUCUGGAAAAAAAAAAUAAUAGUUUUUUUUUAAGACGGCCCACAGGGACAGCAGUAACAGAAUGUAAGUUAUACUCAGUGACACUGUCAUAAAUAAAUACCAAACAAAAAAUUAUAAUUAUAAUUAUAAUUACUAAUUUUUUAAAUUUUUUUUUAAAAUAAAACCCGGACCGGCCCAUCUGGCCGGCCGGCCCUUCUGGAAUCGUCCAGAAGCUCCCGAUUAGUCACUCCGGGCCUGCCUAUGACUCUCAAGUAGAGGAAUCUUAGGUGGUUUGAGCGAAAAGGUAAAGUUUACUUUGCGAUCUUGACCAAUUGUUACAUUUGAUCAGCGUAAUAAGUGACCCAUUUUUGUCACGCCACCUUAUCUUACGCAGUCUGGCUGCAGACUUGGGCAUCAGCAUCAACUGUUGAUCGAGCAGAACAGCACACAUUUUGGUUCACAAUGACGUCACAUGACGCUAUGAAUCUGCAUAAAUAAUCAUUAAUGCAUGAAUUAAUUAGCAGUGUCAUCAGAGUUUGUGAUAACAUUUGGCUUUACACACUUGGGUGCGCGAGAUACGAGAAUAGGAGACAGGAAGCAAUACAAAGAACACAAAAGGUCAGAGAAUUUAAUUUUGCUCAGGUCCUACUAACUCAGUGCUUCUCUAUUAUUUUCUGUUACGCCCGACCAGGAAGACGUAAACGUUUCACGCCAACUCUCUGCCGCCACUGUAAAUAGUAUAAUUUGUCUAUAAAAUUAUUAUUUUAAGUAGACCUCAACAUAACAUUGUCAUUUUUAAUAUUAAAGAAAAAAGUAAAACAAAAAACAAAAAAGUCACAUCCAAACAGUAAAAAUACACUCAAGGUACAUUUUUUGACCAUUUGAUUCUAAAAAAUUGAUUAGCAACAUUAGCUCGUGAGGACAAUAUGCCAAACAAUUUGACCUAAAAAAACAUUAAUAGAACAAAAAAGACAGUGUCAUUGGAAAGAGGGACAGUUUUUAUUUUUGCUGUAGGCAGUAACAGCUCCUUUGGUAUGGUGUGUGGUUAUUUUGUACUGAGCAACUUGUUAUGCCACCUUAUAUGAUGCCAACAGUGCUCGCUGUUUUACUGAUGUAUAGUGGGGCAAAUAAGUAUUUAGUCAAUCACUAAUUGCGCAAGUUCUCCCACUUGAAAAUAU